UCACGGAUGUGUGUGUAUGUGUGUGUGAGAGAGGGGGCAGAGAGGAGAGUGUGUGUUUGUGCUUCACGCAGGGUGAGAAUGGAAGUGUGAUCGAAAAGGUAGAAGAUGUAAAAGGAAAUACAUCGGAAGGAACUGAAAGUCUCAGGUGUCUGCUCUCAGCUCAGCAGCAGAAACAUUUUCGCGCAAACUUGCUGAGAGUUGUCCUUACCGGCGCGGGGGCUGAGCUCGAGGUGGGAAAAAGCGGAAAAAAGAAAAGAAAUCAUCGGGAUGGUGGACUCCCGCUUCCCUCGCUCUGGCGGCCCGAGAAUCACGCGCCACUGAAGGGGGUUGAUAUUGUGCAUGCGCUUUGGCUCCACUGCAUGCACGCUCGGGUCAGUCGAUGCGAGCACACUGGCGUGGCUCUCGGCCUCCAUUUGCCAGUUUGUGUUUAUGUUCGAGGGAUUCACCGAGGCCCAUUUAGCGGUGACGACGACGUGCGACAGUUGGACUUUCACCGUGAAGGUUAUUAUUCUAUUGCUCCCUUAGGCCCCGGGAUAUUCAACCGACGGUGGAAGGUGAGGCUUUAGUGAAACGUGCAACUUUUCCAACUUGGUAUGAAAUGAGCUGGGACAACGACAGUCAUUGGUCAUGCCUGCUGUGGACUCUGAGCUCACAUCCAUGGAUGACCACCAAGCAGUGGAGGAUACAAAGGAAAGCAGGGCUGAUGGCUCUUCCUCUAUUACCCUUACUGCCCUCACUUCUUCAAAGCCUCCUUUUCGAACCACUACAACACCUAAUUUAACUACUGAGACAGUCAUCGAAAACAAAGCUGUCUCCAUGGCAAGUGCCGACUGCAGCUUGGCUCUCUCUUCACCUGCCGAAGCUAGCCCAGCCAAGCCCGCUGUAACAUCACCUAUGACCUUUGAAGGGACUGCUGAAUCAAUCCCAGCUACUUCACAUAUCACAUCAGUGUCAGACUCCUUAACACGCACAGAGACGAGCCUUGUCAACAUAUCAGAACCACUACCGCUACUGUUUAUGAUGCCAUCGAUCACAUUUGGCAGUCCAGACCUGGAGUAUAACUUUCCUUCUGUCCUGACCUUCAAAGGUGUCAGUGUCACUCUGGAAAAUAACAGUGUGUGGAAGCAGUUCUACAGCUGUGGAACUGAGAUGAUUCUCACUAAACCGGGGCGACGCAUGUUCCCGUACUGCCGAUAUCGCCUGGCAGGCCUAGACCCCGAGCGGCAGUACAGUCUGGUCCUUUCUAUAGUACCAUCAGACCAGUACAAGUACCGCUGGAACACAUCCAAAUGGGAGGUCACUGGAAAGGCAGAACAUCAGGCCCAGGGUUUAAUCCGGGCUUUUGCCCACCAUUACUCACCCUGCAGAGGCUCGGAGUGGAUGAGUGGCUUAGUGUCCUUCUACAAACUCAAACUGACGAACAACCCCCAGGAUCAGGACGGUCAUAUAGUACUACACUCCAUGCAUCGGUACAUUCCUAGGCUACAUGUGAUACCUGUCCCAGACGGGGCUGUACCCACAUCUGACCAGCCUGUGGUUAUGGGACCAGAAAGCAUUACUUUUACUUUUCCACAGACUGAAUUUAUGGCUGUGACGACUUAUCAGAACUUUCGGAUCACCCAGCUAAAAAUUAAUCACAACCCUUUUGCAAAAGGCUUUAGGGACGAUGGGCACAACUUCCGACUGAACAGGGUCGCUUCAGAGGCUCAACCUGUGGUAAAGACAGAACCUCAGCCUUCUGUUUUAAACCCCACUGAACAGAGUGAAAGGAGAGAGGGGGUUGGGAACCUUAGCACAGAGAAUCCCACUGUCUCUGCUUCUCUGUCAAAUGUGCAAGAGACCAGACUGGUCCUGAAGCCUAUAAUGUCUACCUCUGCCAGUAAGGAUGAACCAUAUGUCCCCUGCAUAAGAGGCAAGCAUGCUCUUGGUGAGCUUGUGCUUGUCCAAAAACGUCCACUUGUUGAGCCCAAGAAAGAAAACACCCCUGAGUCGCAGCAAGGCUUCAGUGUAACACCUGAAGCAAUAUCCAUAACUCCUGCUUCUGGAGCCUCUACCCUGGGAUCAUCACCUGGGUACCGCAAGAGGAGGAAGAGGAUCAGCAGACGCUGGGCAAAUUCCCGGGGAAGAGAGUGGAAAGCUGCGGAUGCCUCCCCCACCCUAGUCCGCAGUUCAUCGCUGACUGUCGCUAUGCAACCAGAACUGGAUGAUGUAGAAGGCCUGCUGUUUGUGUCAUUCCCCUCAAAGGAAACUCUUGAGGUUCACAUAAGGGACAAGCCAGCCAGUAGCUCAUCAUCACUAUCUCCAGUUUCCCUCACAACUCCAGUGCAGUUGAAGCAAACAGUGGAAGCGGUCCCAGAGACUAAUGAGGAGAAGUUAGCCCGCUUGGAGGCUAUACUGCUGCAGGACCUCAGAGUUCUCAAACACAGGCAGGUCAUCCAUCCUGUGCUGCAGGAGGUGGGCUUGAAGUUGAGCUCCCUAGACCACACUCAGUCCGUCGACCUGCAGUAUCUGGGGGUUCAUCUGCCGCUGCCUCCUCCAAACCGACCUGCACAAGACAAGGCCAUGGACCUGUCUCCUGGCGAUGAGGGAUUGCCCUUCAUCUCCAGGACAGGAAAGACAAGUGACAUGACAAAAAUAAAAGGAUGGAGAAACAAGUUCAUAAGAAGCAAAGAAACAUCUCCUAACUGUGAUGGGUUACAAAAGAACCUAUCAGCCUUCUGCAGCAACAUGUUGGAUGAGUACUUAGAAAGCGAAGCUCAGCAGAUCAGCGAGCGCGCUGCUGCCUUCUCAACAAACCCAGAGGGCUCAGUGGCCUAUCAACUGCCUACUAAAAGCUCCAGCUAUGUAAAGACCCUGGACAGCGCACUGAAGCACAGAAACACUGCUUCCAGAUUCCCAGCGGGGGUCAACAGACCUUGUCCCCUUUCCCACAAACCCCUCCUCUACUCUGCCCUGUCAUCACUGCCUCUUCCUGUGGCCUCCCCUGUUCUAGCAGAAGCUCAGUCCAUAAAGCAGUCUACGUCUUCACAUGCACAGGCAGGAGCUGUGUUGGCGGCUGGUGAAAACACUAGUUCUGUUACACCGAGAUUCUCUACAAACCUAUCAGGGGUGAGCCAGAGACCAACUGGAGUGUCACAUAGACCUUCAGGCCUCACCAAGUUCCAGUUCAGACUGAUGCAGAUGGAGAUGGGUGCCCUGAACCAGGGUCUGAGCAGAACACAGCUGACUGAAGACAGGGUGUCAGUGGCCUUGUCUGUAGUCCUGACAAAAGAGAUGUUGCCUAAUCAGGUUUUAAAAGUUGCCCAGUAUCCAGAGUAUGAAGCUACAGGACCUGAAUGUGGUGAGGAGUUCUGCAUACUGGGCUGUGUGUGUUCCAGUCUUCAGCAUCUGAGCAGAGACCCUCUCCACUGCCGGCGGCCCGAAUGCAUGUUCAGCUGUGCCUGCUUCAAAAGCAAAAUCACUAAGCAGAUGUCCCUAGGAGAAAAUGAACAGCAGAUCCCACAUGUUUACUCUAUGACUAAUAUGGAACAUGUGGUCCAGUCUGACCCAGGCUCUCUUGUUAAUAAACUGUGGAACCGCAAUAUUCACGAUGUGGAUCCAGAGCCGAUCUUUGCCCCCAAAAGUCCUCCUCAGUGUUCAGUCCCAUCAAAGGUCCUAAAACGCAGCAGUGUACCUCGUCCAGUGCAACCGAUACGAGAAGAGGACAAGGAUCCAGUGUAUAAAUACUUGGAGAGCAUGAUGACAUGUGCACGUGUUAGAGAGUUCAACAGCAAGCUUCCACCUGCAGUCACCAUGGAGCCAAAGAUCUCGAAUAUUUCUACAGCAAAACCACAAAAGACAACCACUGACAACCUUCCGAAACAGUACUACAGAACUGUAACUGCUAAAAAAUCAGCAGAAAAGAAUCAGGAAUCUGCAGCCAGUGAAACAAAAGUCAGGAAGCAAGUACAGAUCCAGUCAGCGUGUGAGUGGGGCAAGAACCGCAAAAUGGUCCUGGAAACUUUAUGUCGGCGUAUGAAUCAGAACAAGUUGUCUCAGUCUUUCUAUGUAGGACCUUACCACAUCCGCCCGGUCGCCAAGAUCUUCAUGCGGAAGCCCAGUGGCUCCAUGGUCAUCUACAGGGUACACAUCAGUAAACCAGCAAAGCUCGAUGAUGAUGAGGAUGACAUUGAUGACAGCGAUGAGGAAAAGCAUAACAGCGAUGCAGAGGAGGAAGGCGUCCAAUCUGAGUCAGUGAUGCGGCUCGGAGUCAUACCCUUCCUGAGUGGGGUUUUGCCUGCUGGAAGACUAAGAGCUAGGACCAAACCUUUGGGCUGCCAAGCACAUGGGCUGAUACAGGUAAAUGGUAAAUUCUACAAUCAGGCCAGACUGUUGCUUGGGAAUAUGGGAUCUCUUCAUCCUGCCAACCGCCUUGCAGCAUAUGUCACAGACCGACUGCGUACUCCUGGCAGCAUUUGUCAGAAAAACUCUCAGAAGCCAGACCCUACGCUAAAAAACAACAUUCCCGGUCCUCUGCACAUAAAAGCUGCAGGCACAGUAAUCCCUCCGAUUAUCACUGCACAUAAAACCACUGAUCUGAAGACGACGACACAACCACCAGUUCAGUUAUCCCAGCUCGACUCUUGUAGAAAAGGGUCCCUCACUUUUCUGCAGCAUCCACAAAACUCCAUCAUUAUCCCUGUCCGGUCAGUAGACUCGAGCCAAGGCAGCUUGGUCAACCCCUGCCAGAACAGCUCCAUAUCCUCGCCUGUCUCUCUCACCGUCUCCCCGUCACUGAAAACCCCCAGCUUCCUGGGACAGAGUGGGACCUAUUCAUUCAGGAUCUGCCCUCCAGCCAGCCAGAACACCACAGGCCAGACCCUACCGGGUGUAACCCUGCCUGGGGGCUUCACCAUCAUUCAACUCCCAAAGCUUGGAGGUCAUGGAGCUGCACAACAAUCAGAAGCUGUAAACACCAGAGACAUGGCUGGGAUGAAUAAAGCCCUGCCACAAAAAGAUGCUGUGUUGAAUUCUGGCCACUUAUCAGCUGAUUCAGAUGCAAAUUGGGCUGGUUUGGACAUGUUUAAUGAAGUGAAAGGCCCCUCAAGCGGCAGAUCAGUGCAGCCUGGAACCUCCUUUGAGCUGACAUGUGAUGAGAAGAUGCCAUCAGAUGAGAGUAAUGAAGCCAGCAGCAGGGAGGUGGAAUCAAACUUGGAUAUCGGCUUUGAAGACUUCAGCUCCAACUCCUCAGACUACUUUGGAGAGGGCGAUGACGAUGAUGAGCCACUGGACAUUGAGACUGUUGAAGAAGCAAGACAAGGCCUGGCCAUCGCCGAAAUGAAGGAAGCUGUUAUCAGGGCAUUACAGGAGUCACGAGAUUCCAGUGAUGAUUUUGACUCAGCAAGGGAGCCUGGCCAGGAUCAAAUGGAUGAUGAACAUGGAGCAAUGGGGAAAACGAGGCGAACGAACCACAUGGUGCUAGAAAGGCAAAGACGCUCUGAACUGCGAACCCUCUUUGACAAACUCCAGAUUGUCCUUCAGACUGACCCCAAGGCCCCCAGGCUCCACCUCCUCUCAUUGGCUCUGAAGGAAAUCCGAAACCAGGUUGAGAGAUCCAGACGUCUGGAGGAGCAGAAAAAGAGGCUGAUGCAGAUGCAUUCUGUCUAUGUGAAACAGCUUUCUCUUUUGUCUGGGAAAUCAGAGGACCUGAUUAAAUCCAAGCUGACAGACAUCUGUGAGAGGCAGAAAAUGAGAGAGAAGGCAAUGAAAUGGAAGCCUUUCUUUUCCCAUCUUCUCCAGUCUAGAGCUGCUCUUCUGCAAGCCAUUACUCCUGAGUCCAAGCUCCAGACCCCGCACCUAUCACAGCCUAACAUCAACGUGGCUGCAUUUCAGGCUAACCCACACACAACUGCAGCCCAGAACAGUUCAGAAGUUCAGCAGAUGAUGCCCAUGCUUCAGUUUCACCUACACAAGGCUUUAGCCCAGUCCAGUGUGCACACACCAAUGACAACACCACAUUCUCUGCCUCAAGCAGUGUCCUUUCCAGCCCAGGUUGAGGUCACUGCUGCUCCAUCACAAGUGGAGAAUCAGCCAGGUGAACCUGCGACCUCUGUCCAAGCUAGUCAACAUGAGUCAAAGUCUGAGGACAAGCAGGAAGCAGUCAGAGUACCGGCCCUGGUUACCAUGCCCAAUGCCCAGUCUCAGGCCCACUCAGUUCCAGUCACACUUCAGAUUACUGUAGCCCCAGAUGGAACCUCACCUACAGCUGCAAAACCCAAUUCCCAAAACCCCACUGCUCAGCCUGCACAUCCCUUUACUCUUCCACUGAUUCGUUCUAAGACUGGCAGAAUCAUACUUCCCUCAUCUCUGAAACCUGCUGGUCAAGGUUUCUACACACUAAUGUUCAUGAAACCUAAAGGAGAAGGGGGUAAGGUGAACUCUUCAACUAAUAAGCAGACAUCUGAUGUGGAAUUGUCCAAGAACCAAGAGGAGAGUUUUUCUGAGUCUAGCCAAACUUCAUGCUCUGAAAGCAGCCAUAUUUUGGAGGAGAAAAAAAUGGCAUCUUCAAAUUCUGAUCCAAAGUGUUCUGGUCCAACAAACCCCCUGGCGGAGAUUGCCAGUCUUAACAGAUCAAUCUAUGAGGCUCUGGAAACUCUGCAAACAGCGGAGAACAGCCAGAAUGAAGGCACAGAAGUGGGUUUGAAUAAAACACAAUCAUCUGCCUGCUUGAGUUUUAAGUCUGUACAUCAGAUUCCUACACCUGUCGAGGCAAAUCCCGAUCCUAACCCUCCUGUAGUCCGCCGUCGCAGGGGCAGGCCUCGAAAGCACCCUGUUCCCAUUCUUAGUAAAAAUACACAUACAGUGGUAGAAGAACGACAAAGUGUCACUGAGAGUGAAACAUCUCUUCUGGCUGAAGAGAGACAAAGUGAACAACUCCCUUUGGAAGUGACUAAGACACCAGCUGAAGGAACCACAGAAAUGGUUAGUGAAGUAGCAGAUAACCCUGUAACAGUCAAGCGACGCAGAGGAAGGCCUCCAAAGAAGAAGCCAGCUCAGCUGUGCACUCUUCCACUCACACAAGCAGGAAGUAGUUCAUCUAAAUCCAAUGACGACAGUCCUCUCAGACUUUCUGGCAGUUGUAAAAGUCCUGAAGCUAAACCUAGAGCAAGCCCUGCUGCAGCCGCCGUGCUUGGAGACCCUAACACAUUGCGGCCAUUAACGCGAGGUGCUUUAGGAAAGGAUUUCCCCAGUGCCAAGAAACGCUCCUGGAUUGACAUAGAAAAGGAACUAGAACCAGAUUUUGAUUAUGAAUAGGCCCCCCUGUAGCUACAGAAGCCAGUACACACUGUUGUUUGACCUCAGUUAGUCUCACACUGAAGCCUCUCACCUCUAAUACAGCAGGAUUCUCACAGUCUUGCUUUCGACGGACUCUCCUUCUACGUUUAUUAGUGCAAACGCAAGUCAUAUACUGUAGGUCACUGAAAGCCUUGCCAAAAGUGCCUGUGUGCAAAUCCAAAGGACCAGUCAAAUACUUUAUGCUGCUCUCUUCUGUACAUUAGCACACAACUCAGUGGAUGGAUUUCGUACUAUACAGGCUGUUUUUUGUAAAAGGAAUGUAAAAGGAAUGAUUAAAUGAUAUGAUAUAUGAACUUAUGAAUGAAAAUCAUGGUACUAAUCAGUUUUGAUAUUAUAUUUUAUAAGAUUUCAUCUAUAAAUGUCACAAGCAUUCGUGACUUUUGUUCAAAGUAUGUUUUUGUUGACAUUAUUCCUAAUCUCUUAUGAAAAUAAAAGAUCAAAUGACGCAAAUCCAGUAUAUUAACUCUUACACUCUAUGUGUAUCUGGAGUAAGCUCAGUAUGUUUCAGUAACUUUAUGAAAUGUAAGUGUUAACACAGGUCCAUUUUUAUGAAAGCUAGUUUUAUUCCUAUUUCCUAAUCUGUGCAGUAGUCUCACUUUAGCUCCCAU